AAGAAAAUCAAUAAUGGACUAUACCACGUAAUGUGAGCACUCCAACAAGUUGCAAGUGAAUGUCGCUUAAAAUUGUGUUCUGAAAAUAAUACAUGUCAAAGUAAUACAUAACACACGUGAAAAUUGUGACAUAUGUACUCAACCUCUGCGUCGUUUGCCUGAAUACCAGCAUUUGUUAAUUACAGUGAUGUUAUUAAUUGUAAUCCGUAUUUUCUGCUUAUGACAAUGAAUUGAGAAAAGUUUCUAUAUUUAUAAAUAUUUUGAAUCAUGGAAGAUAGCGGUAUUGACAGUGAUCCUAAAGCUGUUAACCAUAUUGAAGAUGAAAGACUCUUCUUGGGUAGUGAUAGUAGUUGCAGCAGUAACCACAUACAGGUCUCUCAACGGAAUACAACCAAACAGUUACAAAAGAAACUAGAGACACGUAUCGAACAAGCAAAGCGAAUCCAACGAAACUCAGAUUAUAUUAAGCUUUUAAUGUAUUUUAUUAUGCCGUGUGACUGUAGUGAGGAUGAAAUGAGUCUCUUUCCGGCGAAAUCUAAGGAUUCCUCGAAGCACAAACAAGAUCUCACAGAUACAUUCAGCAUUGGUGAAUUAAGCGAUGAAAGUGAAGACUCUUUGAAUCUGGAUCCAGCACAACCACCACAUCCAUUCAUGAGAACUUAUGUUCCUACUGGAUGUUUUGCUUGCCAUUGCCAUAUAUUAUAAUGUAACAUAGUUUACAUACUGGACUGAUUCAAACUAAUUAAUUAUUAUUUAAGUAUUAGUAUACUGUUGAAAGCAUAAUAUAUUAUAUUUUUACCAAGUUGUUUUCUUUAAGUUGAUUAUGAAAUCAAUUUAUUGUAUCAUAUUGAAUCAUACAUUGUUUACGAAGAAUGUGCUUAAAUUAUUAAAGUUAUUUUAUUAAAUUGCUA